AUGGCGAGAAGUCCCAGAAAGCAAGAAAGUUCCUCGGUGGUAAGGAAGUCAGCAAGAGGGCCGUGGGGAGGAGCGGAAGAGAAUCAAAAAGUACGAUCUGAUAAAUUCAUAAAGCACAGGUAUCAUCGAGAUAGAAGGUUCAGUAUAAUAUCAGAUGAUGACGAUGAUGAUGAAGAAGUAGAUGAAGAUGAAGAUUAUGAUAAUGAUGACGAUGAUGAUGACGAUGAUGAUGAUUCGGAAGAUGAAGACUAUGUCGAAGGAUCAAGAACAUACACGAAAACACACAAUCGAAAGCCGAAGACCAAUAAUCGUGCUAAAGUGGUACGUGACAUGUAUAAAAUGCCAAAUAACGAGCUGGCAAUAGAAGAUUCAUCAUCGUCUUCUUAUAGCUCAUCAUCUUCUUCAUCGGAUGAUGACGACUAUGAUGAAGAUGUAGAUCUUGUUGCUCUGACUAAGCAAAGAAGAGCACGAGCAAUGAAAGCAGCCAAAAGACUUCGAUAUGGCGAUCGACAGGCAGCACACAAGUAUUUGGGUGGAAAGGGCAUGAAAUCUCGCGAAAAGAUAGCAACCACUAACAAGGAACAAGACCAAGAUGAAGGAAAUGACGAUAAUAGGGUGGAAAAGCAUAAAGUUGAGCACUCAGGUGAUGAGGAUUUACAAGAUAUAGCGAUUCCAGGAGAGGAAAACGAGCUAGAUGACUCAAUUGUGGAUGCAGUGAUUAGUGAAGAGGAAAAGAAGAUGGACAGCGACACUUUAAGCAAUAAAAUAGGAAAUAGUACUGGUAAUAGCGUUGGCGAUGCUUCCGAAGGUGCAAAUUUAAACAGUGACAAGAUAAAGGAGGACGAUUUGAACAUAAUGGAUUUAAGUUUUUCGCAAAAACCAGUCGAUAAAAAACAAUCAUUGGAAAAUCCCGUUCAAGAACUCAACAACGAAGAUCUUGGAGAAGCAGUUGACGAAGCCAUUCCAGAUGUUAGUUCAAAGAUUGCCGAAGAACCGAUUACAUUGGCGGUGCCAAAACUUGGAGAAGAUGAUAUCAACUCGGACUCGGACUAUGACUUCGAUCCAGAAGAACUUAUUCGCACUCUUCAAAAUGAUGAUGAUGAGUUAGAGCUGUUUGGAAAUAGCGAUGAGGAUUACCGGAACGUUUUAGGAGGGGGUUCAGAGAUCCAAGGAUUGGGUAUUCCACCGAUUGUGCCAGAUAAGAAUGCUGGUCCCGGUAAUUAUCUAAUGAAGGAAGAAACACAGGCUAUGCUGAGUGAUGUGAAUGCAUCGCAGUAUGAAAAUGCAAUAAUGAGUGACGAGGAUGAUGAUAGUACUGCAAAGAAGCAUAAAUUGACGGAGGCAGGAGGUGUGGAAGGUAAUAACAGGAGUAACGAAAAUGAAGGAGAGGAAGAAAAUGGUGAUGAUGAUGAUAAUGAUGAUGAUGACGACGAUGAUGACGACGAUGAUGAUGACGAUGAUGAUGACGAUGAUGAUGAUUCAUUUGGCUUGCUUGGAUACAGAGACUUUCUUGACUCAGGAGCUGGCUCAACUCACGCAAGUCUCUAUGUUCCCCAAAGCGAGCUAUUUUCAGAUGGUGGAGAUGACAGUGUAGGUGGUGAGGAGAUCGAUCUUUUUGCUGGUGAUUCGGAUAAGGGCGAUUUAUUUGCCAACAGCAGUAGUUGGUCUGUUACGAGCAGCUCUGAUGAAGAUGAGAACUCAAACCUACUGGACUGCUUCUUUUCGUCAGGUUCAUCAUCAGCAGAUGAGGAAAAUGCUCAAGAUAGAGCACUUGAAGACAGAGUUCAGGCUAAAGAACAGGAGGCACAAACGGAUAGUGAUGAAACAGAUGAAGAUACAACUCUGCCACGCAAAUCGACCAGAAAAAUUGGAAGUAAGAGAGCAAAAGAAGUUCUUUCCUCAUCUUCAAAGAAUUUCCGAGCCCCAAAGCUUGGAACCUUUAUCGUUUCCCGCAACCGGAAGCCAUUCGGUAUUAUCGAUGGCUAUUCGACAAGAUUUUUGUAUCCGAAAGACAACAGACUUUCGAUUUUGAAGGGAACACAUGCAGCAUUGGAUGUCUCCAAGGAAGAUUCGAUGAAUAAUGGAUACUCAUCGGGUGAUCAUGUUAGCGGAAGUGCAUCUUCAAACAACCAGAGAUUGGAAUCCGGAAAAUCGUCAUCAUCAUCUUCUGCACAGGAUGAAUUAAAAGAGCAUACCACAGACAAAAAAGAUCGGACAGUCGCAUUGGACGAUUUAAUUAACAUCAGCGAGUUUGAAGACGAUGAUAUCGAUCAUGAUAACUCUGGAACAAAGUGGGAUUCAUACUUCAAGAAGAGAAGGGUUCCACUUACCGCAUUCAGAACUCGUACUUUAAUGAAUAGUGGAGCUUUGAAGAACGAUAAUUACGAGGAUGCCACACGCAAGUACACUUUUAGAACUACUAAAUUGCCAAGCUCUAGAAGACGUCACCAUCAUCAUCAUCACAAACACAGUGGAAGUCACAUUUCGAGGAAGUUGAGUACGAGUAAAUUGAGAAGAGAGUCAUUUGGAUUGAAAAAGAGUGGAUCAAAGCACUAUGAGGGACUCAAGUUGGGUCUGGCACCUCCAAAGACUGGCAGCCAUGUUUUGUGGCGUACUUAUAACAAUAUUAACAGUGAACAAUUCAUUCCGGAUGGUAUUAAAGAUGCUGUUGUUGUAGAACCAGCAAUGAAAUUGAAACAUAGCACCAAGAAAAGACUCAGAAGGAAAAGCAUGGCAGAAGCACAAGCCAAAGGGUUUAGAGCGACGAAAUCUGGCUUAUUCAAUGAAGACAUGCUCAAAGAUGUGGAAUCAAUGCUGGUGGACAUUGGAGCUGCAGAGGAUUGCAACUUUUUAUUCAGUGCUGAAACCUGA